AAAACUCGGGGGAACAUCCGCGGAAACCCUAGAAUUUCAAAUCCAUGGCGGGGACCAACGUCCACGGCGCCAUCCACCGCAAAUCCUCCGGCGACCGGCCAAGUCGCACCGAAGGAAACCGAGCUCCUCCUUUGAGGCCUAGGGAUCUCAUCAGCGCCUUGCCAGACGACGUCGUCCGCCGCAUCUUCUCGUUCCUGCCGCUCGAAGAUGUCGUCAAGACCAGCGUCCUCUCCAAGCGAUGGCAGUCCACUUGGACCACCACCAACCACCUCGUUUUCCAUGGUUUCCAUGGACUCCGGCGUCACAAUCACGGCACCUACACCUUUGAUUUCCCGUCCCUUGUCGACAGCGUCCUGAUCCGGUGCACCUCGCCCUCGGUGAAGAGUUUCCACAUCACCCACUUCAAGUAUGACGAGGCCUGCUGCCCCAAGCUCGACCUCUGGCUCCGCUUCGCGGAGGCGUGCCGCGUGGAGGAUCUUUGCCUGGUUCUGAUUACCGGGCUGCAGUUCUUGUAUAAACUGCCGCCGUUCUUGUAUUGCUUGAGCUGGUUGGUGCGCCUGGAAGUUGGUUUGUGCUGUUUUUCGUUGAGUACUACCAUUAGGUGGCCUUGUCUUAAGGUCCUGUUGAUCGAAUAUUCGGAGUUGAGUGAUGAUGUCCUAGAGAGAAUUGUCAGGGGAAGUCCUGUUUUAGAGUCUCUUGAGUUACAUUGGUGCAGGGGCGUGAAGAACAUUAUCAUAGAUUCGACGAGUGUGAAAGAGUUGGUGCUCAUCGGCGACAGGUUCUCUAACACGGAGAAAAUUUGGGCACCACAUUUGCUGUCGUUGCGUUUAUCAGGUCGUCUUUCUUCCGUGUUCAGACUUGACGAUAUAUCUUCUUUGGUCGAAGCCAAGAUAGAUUUUGAUGUGCCUGGUGACAUGAGGAUGUGCUGUGAUUUGCUAACGAAACUUUUUGAGAAGCUACGCAAAGUUCCUAAGAUCAUCAUUGGCGGCUGGUGUUUGCAGAUUCUGUCCGUGUUGGAGAUGAAAGGAGUGCUAUCUCCAUUGUCAAAUUGUCAGAAUUUGAUACUACGCGCACAAGUUUGUCAAUGGGACCUUCCUGGCAUAGCGUACAUGCUACAAAGUUCCCAGUGCCUGGAAAAAUUAGUCAUACAUCUGACUGACCUCUCCCUAUUGAAAUUUGCGGUUGACAAAGAAUCUGAAGCACGUUUUAACUUUGACGAAGAAGAUCUUUUGUGUUCACGGAAGGGAAACUUUCAAUGUUUGGCAAAACAUCUCAAGAGGGUGGAGAUCACCGGUUUUGCUAAUAGUUUUGGGUCGAAACAUCUGCUGGCCCUGAUUAAGUUUCUUCUUGGUGAUACACUUGAGCUGGAGAAGAUGAUUAUCAAGGCUGAUUUGCAUGUGCAACAUGGACAAAAACGUCUAGAGACCGCUGAUCUUUCCAAAGUUCUUAGUGUGAGCCGAAAUGUGCUCAGCUAUCGAAGAGCUUCCCAAAAUGCUGAAGUUAUCUUUAAAUUUCCUUGUAAAUAG